ACCGCACGAGUUCGUAUGCAGUCAGCAAUAAGGCACAGUGAUACCGACACGCGAAGGGAAAGUGUAUUGUUGCGGAAUCGAGCACCGUGCCGUUAGACUUGUCGGGUUUUAGCAUCAACACCCGCCGUCUUCAAGGUGACCCGCGACGCCCGCGCAGAGCCCACCAGUAUAGCUAAAUACGGUCACCUGGCAUAUUUCGUAACGCCACCGUCAUAUUGAAGUAUCCCGUACAGCCUCUAUAACGCUGAAACCAUUACUAUGCGAGCGUGCCAAGCUUUAUUAGUACUGGCGAUUGUGGUGCCAUCUCUCUGCUUGCCGUACGACCCUCAAGACGAUGACUUGGAGAGUGUGCUGCCAUCUGACGGGAAAUUUGAGGCCUUCUACCAGCGCGAAGCACACGGCAUACCGAACGGUUCGUCGCGGCCUGCGCACGGGCACGGUAGUUUCUACAAGCACCGCAACCCGGCUCUAGUGGAUGUCAAAAACGCACCAGCUUACGGAUUUCGGUUCGAUGGCAAGAGGCGAUUUAAUUUUGACGAUGAUGAAUAGUAAAUAUUGUUAACAAUUUGAAAUAAAUUCAUUUUUACAUUA